GUCAGGAGUGGUGGCCCCAGGGCGUGUUGGUGAUAAGAUCGGGACUGUCAAGCUGAAGAGAGCUGUAACAUUAGAGCCCCUGACAGAACACCUGGUUUGGGGCAGGCUGCAGCUAGUGAAUAGUGGGGAGGUGGGCAGUGCUGUAGUUGUAGAGCCCACCGGGUCGAGGUCUGGUUCGAGGUCAGUUAUGGUUGGGAGAACUGUAGCGCAUCUAAACAGUGAUGGUUGGCUCCCUGUGAAAGUGCUGAACCCCUUUGACAAGCCGAUAACCCUGAAACGGAACAUGAAGUUGGCUGACGUGUCCCCCUGUGCAGCGGUGGAGAAUUUCACCCCCACUGGCUCCUACUUGCAACAGAACAUGCAACGGUCUACUAGCCCAGCUUGGUGCCAUGAUGAGCAGAGUCUAGUCACCGAUGUUUCCACUCUGCCUGAUGAUUCACCCUCACAGGAGAUGACAGGGUGUUGUAGCCCCUUACAUGCAGUACUGCAAAAUCUGGGGCUGUCUGAUAUUGACAUUGAUUCAUGUGCAGUUUCGCCGGCUGGCAGAGAGAAACUGGUUGGCCUCAUAGCCCAGUUUGAGUCUAUCUUCUCGAGAGACAAGCUGGAUUGCGGCAAGGCUAACGGCUGCCUACAUCGAAUUCGAGUUGUGGACGACAAGCCAUUCCGGUUGCCAUGCCGACGUGUGCCGCCGACGCAUUAUGAAAAACUAAGACAGGCUCUGAAUGACAUGGAGGAACGGGAAAUAAUUCGGAAGUCUUGCAGUGAGUUUGCAUCACCACUGGUCUUAGUUUGGAAGAAGUCUGGUGAGUUGAGAAUCUGUAAUGACUUUCGCUGGCUUAAUGCUAGAACUGUCAAAGAUGCUCACCCACUCCCGCAUCCGGCUGACGCACUGGCUGCUUUGGGAGGGAACGGAUUGUUCUCCACAAUGGACUUGACUUCGGGUUAUUAUAAUGUGGAGGUGCAUGAGGAGGACCGUAAGUACACAGCAUUUACGUCUCCAUUUGGUUUGUACGAAUAUAAUCGUAUGCCACAAGGACUGUGCAACAGCCCGGCAACUUUCAUGAGGAUGAUGCUAGGCAUUUUUGGGGAUCAGAACUUCCUCAGUGUGCUGUGCUAUCUUGACGAUGUUCUGGUUUUUGCCCCCACAGAAGAAUUGGCACUGGAGCGCUUGCAUAUGGUGUUCCAGAGACUCCAGGUUCACAACCUCAAGUUGGCUCCAAAGAAGUGCCAUUUUCUGAGACAGUCUGUGAAAUUCUUAGGGCACAUUGUAAAUGCUGAUGGGAUACAGUCGGACCCUGACAAAAUAGCAUCCAUUACAUCCCUUACAGAGGCAGACCUUAUGGAAGAGGGUUCGAGUGUUCCAUCCCAACAGAAAGUCCGCUCAUUUUUGGGGAUGGUAAUGUUCUACCAACAAUUUAUUGAGAACUGCUCAUCCAUCGCAAAACCUCUCUUUCGGCUGACAUCUGGGGAUAAAGGCCCUCGUGGUUCACGGCGAAAGCACCGGCUGGUGCGUACAAAGCUGUGUGAGGAGGACUGGACGGAUGAAUGCAGGGCAGCUUUCAAUGAGCUGAAGCAGGCCUUGUUGGAUCGAGUGCUCCUGGCCCAUCCUAAUUUUGAGGAGCCCUUUUUGCUCUCUGUUGAUGCCUCCAGCAGUGGCCUUGGUGCCGUGUUGUCGCAAGUCCCUGCUGGGGCUUCUACUUCAAGACCGAUCGCCUUUGCCAGUAAGACACUCAAUCAUGCACAGUCCAAGUACCCAGCGCAUAGGCUGGAGUUCUUUGCAUUGAAGUGAGCAGUGUGCGACAAGUUCCAUCACUGGUUGAGGGGUCAUCAGUUUACCAUAUGGACGGAUAAUAACCCUCUUACUUACAUACUUUCUAAGCCAAGACUGGAUGCAUGUGAGCAGAGGUGGAUCGCAAAGCUAGCGCCCUUCCAGUUUGACAUAAAGUACAUUCCUGGUCCUAAAAAUGUGGUUGCUGACGCGCUGAGCAGGGAGCCCUUCGUGCACCCCAGGGCCUCCCACCGGUUGAUAAGGGUUCCAUAUAAUGAACUUCUGGCAGAAGCGGAGGCAGUCGCCACUGGUGGAGUUCAGGAGGCCUUCAGAUGGACUGUUCAUUCAGCUGAUAAGGCCUCAAGCACUGACCAGCCUGUUGUUUCUCAGUGCAUGGCUGUUGAACGGGCUGGAAUGUUGACGUCUUCUGGAGUGGGAGCUGUCUUCCAGGCUCAUAGUGAACAUGAGUCCAGGGUGUGGCCACAUGCUCUCCUUCUACCCCAAUGCUCUCAGACUGUGAUUCCGCCGAACCAGUCUGCCUCUGAACCCUUCUCGCAUGAUGACCUAGUGGGACACCAGCGGCGUGAUGAGCAGAGUGAUCUCCUAUGUGGAAAGGGGACGGAGACCCUCGAGGAGGGAGCGGGCAAGUGAACCGGUUGAUAUGAAGAGACUUCUUAGGGCUUGGGACAAGUUAACUGUGAGAGAUGGUGUGCUCUAUCGAGUGUCCAAGAAUCCUGUCACAAAGACAAAGAUUUAUCUGUAUGUUGUUCCGCCAACCUUGCGUCUUGCUGUACUGAAAGGCGUCCAUGAUGAGGCCGGUCAUCAGGGACAACAAAGAACACUUUAUCUGGCCAGGCAUAGAUUCUACUGGCCUGGUAUGGCCAAACAUGUGUCAGAGUAUGUACGGUGCUGCAGAAGGUGUGUUGUUAGCAAGUCGCCUGAGCCAGAGGCGAGAGCACCUUUGGAGAACAUCAGAACAUCAGAGCCCCUUGAACUGGUCUGCAUAGAUUUUUGGUCUGCGGAGGAUUCGGCGAACAAAUCAGUGGAUGUGCUUGUGAUCACAGACCACUUUACUAAGAUGGCUCAGGCUUUUCUAUGCCCCAAUCAGUCUGCUAAGGCAGUAGCACACCAACUCUGGCAUAACUACUUCUGCAUCUACGGCUUUCCGAAACGCCUUCACUCGGAUCAGGGAGCUAAUUUUGAGAGUGUGCUCAUUGCCGAGCUGUUGAAUGUAGCAGGUGUCCAGAAGUCUCACACGACCCCAUACCAUCCGAUGGGAAACGGCUCCUGCGAGAGGAUGAACCGUACCUUGGGCAACAUGAUUCGUGCAUUACCCCCCAGAGCCAAGCAAAGGUGGCCUGAUGCACUGAAAGCUCUCACAUUCGCCUACAACUGUACGGUGCAUGAGACGACUGGCUAUGCGCCAUUUCUGCUGAUGUUUGGCAGAGUGCCAAGACUGCCGAUUGAUGUGAUUUUUGGCUCUGUUAUUGAGCACCAAGACAUCAUGGACUAUGAUCGAUAUGUCCAGACAUUGAGGAGGGACCUCAAAGAGGCCAUGGAUUUGGCGCAGGAGGUGGCACGCAAAAAUCUGAAGCGUCACACGGACCUCUACAACCGGAAGGUGCGGGGAGCACCGGUAGUGAUUGGUGAUCGUGUCCUUUUGGCCAACAAAAAGGGACGUGGCAAGAGAAAACUUGCCGAUCGCUGGGAGAGUGUUGUCUAUACAGUUUUUGACAAAAAUGAUGAGAGUCACACCUUUAAGCUGAUGGAUGAUUCCACAGGGCAAGUGAAGGUUGUGCAUCGCAACCUGAUAAUGCCGGUGAACUUCCUUCCCCUCAGUGGUGCUUCAGUUCAGGAUGAUGGAGAUGAGCUUUCUGAGUCUGGCUCGCUGAUGGUUGGAUGCGACGGAGAAGCUGUCUGCAACUCAUCGGUGGGCACAGCUGAAUACAGAACAAGAGCUUGGGUGUCUGACUUACCGUCUGCAGUGUCCAGCGACUCGCUGAUGACAGAGGUUGCUCAACCAGAAGGAAGCAUUGUAGAUCAAGAACUUGCCUGUACCAGUGUUCCCCCUGUUGACACUGAGGAGCAGGUAAAUGCCACCUCUGGUGGUCAACAUUCUGACCUGCUUAUGUCUGUGGCCCCAGUAACAGUCUCCUCUGUUUUGGAGUUGGCAGCCACUACUGAUGGUGACCAAGACAAUACAGCUGCUAUUGAGGGUCAUGUCUCAACCACAGUUGUUCUGCCCAACGCAGAUCUGACUGAUGUUAGCAGGGUGGUGAGGGCCCGUGCUAGAUCGAGAGUGGGACGGUUACUUAAGCCUGUCUCCAGGUUGAUUGAAAUGAUGCACCAGAAACCUGUUAAAGUUUGAAUAUUGUUGGAUUACUGCAAGUUGAUCCUUUUGUUGUUGAAGUGGGACUUUGGUCUUUAGAAUUGAGACAGAUUAUUUGUCGUUGAUUUUUCUGUGUCAGAGUGGCGUACAGUUAUGAUGUGAUGAAAUAUGUAACUGGCAUAUUUUGUUCUUUUUUUUUUGGAAGGGGUCUGGCCAACUUCUUCUCCUAUUGAUUCUUUUGGGAAUAGUCCUCUGACUGAAUUUUCUUUGUGACUGUACGACCUGGUGUUGCUGAACGGAUUUAUCACAUGUUGAUAGCUGUGGAUUAGCUAUCGGAUUUUUUUUUUAAAUCUUGGGGUUUUUUUGAGGAUUAUUGGGUUUUUGUUCUCUGUUGUAUUAUGGUGAUUGUGGUGUACCUGUGUUUUUUUUAAGGGUGUUGUUUUGUUUGUGGUGUUUGUUUUUUUGAGUGUGCAAGUGGAAUUCAGCAGGGGGGAAUGUAACAGUGUUUAUGUGGUAUUAUCCCACUUGCCACAAAUGUCAGUGUAAUGGGGAAACAGCGCCCCCCCUCUCGGUGUGGCUGGUUAGGGGAGGCUGGCUGCAGUAAUCGCUGCCAGUCUGCCGUAGCCAUACGAGAGGUGAGUUGUAUUGCUCCGCACACGAUAUAGCUAAGUAGUACAGACACAUAAAAGAUGUUUGAUUAGCUGAUGGGCACCGAGUGUGAUAAGUGCUUAGUGGACACAUGUCCAACACCAGUUUUAUGUACUUUUCAUUUGUUUAUUAUUGUGUAAAACAUGUAUGCUAAAGCGAAAUGCUAAUGGGAUGUUCUGCCGUAGUGUGCUGUGCGGAGUGGUGUGUGGCGAGCCUGUGCACUGAUAAAGAACACCAUUGUUUCCAUUCAGGUACAUCAUUUGUUGUUGCUGUUACUUUAUUGUACGUUAUAAAUUGUAAUAUUGCGGCAGUAAUCGCUGCCAGUCUGCCGUAGCCAUACGAGAGUGUGCUGUGCGGAGUGGUGUGUGGCGAGCCUGUGCACUGAUAAAGAACACCAUUGUUUCCAUUCAGGAAAUAAAGUGGCAUCGAUCAGAGACUCCUUGUUUUCUUAAAACACAACACAACGCAGAGUCGAGGAGUCUGUUUGGGCCGAACUGUUGCAGCAGGAUGAAGCAGAAACCGGUUACACUAGUAACAGGUGACGCAAAGAGGAGGACAAGUCCAUGGGGAGCUCACCACCAUAUUUGGAAGAGGAUGCCAGAAAGGGG